GACAGACAUUUCAUAUUCAAACAUAAAUGGUCGUUUAUAUGUAAUUUUCAAAUUGUGUUUAGGUUUAUACUCAUAGGAAUUCUGUUUUGCAGCAUAAUUAAUGAAUUGUUAAAAUAUUUUAAUAUAGUGCAGACGUUUAAGAACUCAUUAUAAGUGCUUUUAAUACUAUAUAAGUAUAUUGAAAACAUUUCGUAAAGUGAUUAUACAAAGUCCAAAUAUGUAUUGAGAUGUGAUUAUGCAGUAGAGAUAUUGUAAUAAUAGUUUUCUAUUAAUAAAAGUAGAUAAAAUUGGAAUUUGCGUUGUCUGAAAACAAUAUGGAUAGUAAGUUUAGGACUUCAAUUUUGAAGCUCAACAAAUGUGUCAGUGAAUUCAAUGAUUCAACAACUGAUUAUAGAGAAGUAAGAAGAGUUAGUUUUGCCAGUAGCAAUUUUAUUAAGCUGUUUGCAGCAGAUCCUGAAAAAAAUACAAUUUGGGAUAACACUUAUGAAGAAGUGCUCGCUGAUUCAACCAGAUCUAAUGACCAUGAAAUUCUAGACAUGACUUUGGAAGUAACAGAUUUCAAAGAAUGCGAUAAAGAAAAUUAUAUAAUGAUUAAUCCGUUUAGUGAUAGCGACUUCAAAAAUAAAUCUCUCUUUUUCGAAGCAAACGUUACUUCAAAUUCUGAGCAAGAUAUGGAGUUCACAAAUGUCUUACAAAAUUUUGCAAUAGCUAGUAAAAUGCAAAUAGAAAAUACGUAGAGAAAAUUAGAAGAUAAAACAUCCAAAAUAUAUUCAACAGAUAAUGCGGAAAAAACAACAAACGAAAUAGAAAACAUGCAAUUUAUAUGCGCUUAUCAAAUUUCUGAUAACGUAAAAUGUGUGGACCUAAUCGAUAAUGUUGUAGAAGAAAACAUGGAGCUCACUUGUGCUAUAACACUAUUUAAUAAUCAAGGCACAGUAAAUAAUGAAAUCACCCAUACUGAAAGAGAUUAUAGAAAAAAAGUGGCCCUUAAGAAUAGUUCAGGUGACUCAAAAUUACAAGAAAAACCUUUUGAUACGCUACAGGAUGAAAAUUUUGUUUCGGUAUUCUGUUGCUAAUUUGAUCUAAUUUUAUAUUCCUAAAUUAAAACUACAUGUUUUCAUUCAACAUUUUUCAAGGGUAGGUAGAUUUAAACAAAUAAAAUAGCGCCCUCUAGCGUAUACGUUACUCAUUAGGUUAUUUCGAAAUUAUAACUCUUACAUUGGUAGAAAGGAGUUCUCUAUAAAUGGUUCCCGAGAUAUGGCCGAGAACCAUUCUUAUUGAGACACCCAUACAAAAUUACUCACUACUAUUAAAGACGAAGAACAAAAACUAAAAUAUAUAACUAAAUAUAACUAAAGAGGAAUUAAUGAAACUUUAGAGCAAUUACAUGAACUUUAUUAUUAGAAAAACACGAGAACAGUCACAAACUAUAUUAAUAAUUGUAGUAUUUGUCAAAACAAUAAAUAUUAGAGACAGAA